AUGAACGAAGUUAUGACUACACCGACAAAUGCAAAUUUCUACAGCCAAGAGCUUCCUGGUGCAACGAAUGGAGAUGCAAACACAGCCAGCAGACAGCAAAACCAGCUUCAAACUUUGAACAAACAGCACUUGACCGAACAUCUGCAACUGGGUGUCUCUAACCCCACUCCGGCACAAUCUUCUGAUGUCAUUACUCAACUGUUGAAAUCAAACGGUAACCAAAUACAAUCAGGUGCAGGCAUUGGUGUUGGUAUUGGUGCAGGGGUUGGUGCGGGUGUUCACGGUGUUCACGGUGUUGGUGGUGUUGGUGGUGUUGGCGGUGGUGGUGCUGAGGCUCCGUUGUCUUACCAACAAUAUGCGGUAUCUAAUCAACAACAGAUGAAUUUGCGACCAACCAAGAAUUAUCUUCUUGACUAUUCAAAUUACUAUACCUUGCAAAAUGGUUAUCCUUCUAAUAUCAACUCUGAAUUUGCAAAUCCAACCUCAAAUAAUGUAAAUAACGGUAAUGGUGGUACCGUUGCAGACUAUUCCAGCUCAAAUGCUACUGUAAUUAGCCCUUCGUUCCUGAUACCAACAAGCAUCCUGGCCGAAGCUCAAACAUUACGGGCCAAACAAAUGCAGCAUCAACAACAACAACAACAGCAGCUGCAACAACAACAACAACAACAACAACAACAACAACAACAACAACAAACUCAGUCUCAAUACUCGCCAAAUAAUUACCCUCCACCCAAUUUGUUUUCUUCCGGUCAACAUCACCAAGAAUACUUUUCAAGCCAUGCAAAUAACUAUGUCUCACAACAUCAACAACAAAGCUUACAGCAACCACCACCUCCAUCUUUACCACCUCAGCAACAAUCACAGCAACGGUAUCAGUCGAAAUUUGCAACAAACCAAUCAGUAUUACCGCCAACCCCACAAGCACAAACAAUGGUACAUCCAAUAAAAUCUCAUCUCGAACUUGUUGAUGUAGCAUCUCAUGAACAAUCACAACAGUCACAACAAUCACAACAGUCACAACAGUCACAACAGCCACAACAAUCACCACAAUCACAACAGGCUCAGCAGGCACAACAACUACAACAAGCACAGCAACAAAUGCUAGUGCAAGCAUUUGGAAGUCCUAGUGCCAUGUUAUACUCGCACUCAUCCAUUCCACUGUACCAAUUGUCAUAUUCUUCUGCCAUUCCGCCCAACCCUCCCAAUCCUCCAACAAUGUCUAUGCCAAACUUUUCGGCUCAAAUACGAAACCAACAUCUGCAGUUUUUAAAACAACAAAAACAGGCACAACAGCUUGCUAUGCCCUAUGGAGACCAACUGAUUUCGUCACCGCUGACAAAGAGAGCAAAGCAUCUGUCGACGUUUUCUAAUAGAGACCAACAAUCACGUGCAACUUCAAUCAGCAGUAAUAUACCACAAAUCGAUUAUCCCGAGAAUGUUAUUCGUCCUAAAGUUGCAACUACACGAUGGGAUGACGAAAAUACUAAUUGCUACCAAGUACGUGCCAGAAAUAUACUCGUAUCUCGUCGUGAAGAUACAAAUUACAUCAACUGUACCAAACUACUCAAUGUUGUUGGAAUGACGAGAGGUAAGAGAGAUGGUAUUUUAAAAACGGAAAAGGUAAAGCAAGUAGUCAAGGUUGGCUCUAUGAAUUUAAAGGGAGUAUGGAUUCCAUUUGAUAGAGCAUAUGAAAUUGCUAGGAAUGAAGGUGUUGAUAGCAUUUUGUAUCCUUUGUUUGUCAAGAAUAUUAAGGAAUAUUUUUUAACAAAAGGUCACAAGCUUAAAAGCGAAGACGAUUUAAGCGAAGAGCAAGUUCUCAAGCAAAAUAGUGAAGAAGCAAAUAAUUAUAAAAUACUUGAGGAUGCUGAUUCCAGCUCUUUUGGAAAAAAUAGUGGAGAAGAUGAGGGUGGAAGAGUAGAAGAAGGAGAAGAAGAUGCGGAAGUGGAAGAUAAGGGAGAAACAGAUGAAGAAGAAGAUGAUGAUGAAGAACAACAACAACAACAACAACAACAACAGCAACAGCAACGGCAACAACAAGAAGAGAAUGAUGAAGAUGAAGGAGAAGAGUGCACAUCAAAUGGGUACCCCACUUCGUUGAGUUCACUGGAGCCCAAGUAUAGUACUGCGGAUUAUUUCGAUCGGACAUUGCAUUCAUCUGCUUUGAAUGCUUCGAGUGGCAACAACAAUGGCCACAAUAAUGGUCAUGGUGGUGAUGUUGGGGGCCAAAACGGUAAUGUUGCAAAAGAAGGUUUAAUUUAUGGUGAAGCACUGCAUGAUACGCUGUUGCGGGUGCCCAAAACGCUUUGA